AUGGCUUUGCUUGCUUUGAUAGCUCUACUACUACGAGCCCACCAGCAGUUGGAAACCCUUUGCUUCGUCACAGUCCUUAAGCACAUUUCUCUCGUUUCUGGAGCUCUUACUUGCGAUUUACUCCUCUCGAUACUUUCCCCUCCCUUUGGAUACUUUGUGUUGAUCUUUUGUGGAGUUGGCAUACUUGUGAGGGCACUCCUUGGAUCCUACCAACAAAUUCUUGGUCGGUUGCUAGAUGUUGCAGCCAUCGCAGCAAUAGCACGAGACCUGCAGAUCCUGCAUGUUUUCCAUGGAUCGAGUCCUCAGGAGGCUCAUAAUCAGGCAUACAGCAUGGUUUCUCAAUCAAUGAAAAUUGUUUCUACAAAUCAUAACUCGACUGAUCAAGGAGGUAGGGAUCACGCUACAACUGAAAUUGUUAGUGUAUAA